AUGCCCCCAGGGGCCUCCCCUCAGAGCUUUGCCUACGUGCCGGCCCCCCAGCAGGGCCAGCCGGCCUACCACAGUGUCCACAGCAGUGCCUCCCCCCAUGCCCCUGCCACCCCAGAUAAUCAAAAAGUGCCCCUCACACCCACUCCCCCCACCAGCCUCCCCUCCCCCCAGGCCUCCUCCCAGGACCUCCCAGGGGCCUCAGGGACCUUCCCCAAGCCCGGUCCCGCCUCUGCAGUGCCCCAGCAGACCAUCAUUGUGGUGCCGUCCUCCAUGGCGCUGCAAAACAACUACAUCAUCAAGAACCUCCCCCAGCCCCCAGGCUUUGUGCCCGCCCCGGCGGUGGUGGACAAGCCCCCCUCCACGCCCACCCCCUCCCCCUCUCCCACCACCACCCAGGCUGGAGCUGACCCCAGCAAAGGUAACACAGUCAUCUACCUGCCCUCAUAG